UCAGGAUGCCGUGGAAACUUGCCAAUACCCCCAUCUGGAGGCUGGACAGGUUCAUACAGGAUCAUCUCCUUCCUGACACCACCUUCCUUACUGUGGUCAGAGCAGAAAUUGACUUUAUAUGUGCUUUCCUGACUGAGAGAUGCUUCCAAGGUGCCACCCACCCUGUGAGGGUCUCUAGGAUUGUGAAGAGCGGCUGCUAUGAUGAAUACUCCAUGCUCAAGGGAAGGUCAGAGGCCACCCUGGUGGUGUUCUUUAACAAUCUCACCAGAUUUGAGGAUCAGUUAAAGCGACGGGAAGAGUUCAUUGAGGAAAUAUGGAAACACCUGUGCCAGUUGCAGCACGAGAAACAGUUUACACUGAAUUUUGAGUUCCAGACCUCAGAGCAGGCCAACUCCAGGUCUCUGAGCAUCAAGCUGAGCUCGCCCCAGCUCCAGCAGGAGGUGGAGUUUGAUGUGCAGCCAGCCUAUGAUGUCCUGUUUGCUUGGAGAUACAACAAGUACCUUGAUCCCAGAAUCUACAACAAUAUCUACGCCAGCCUCAUCCGUGAGAGCACCAACCUGGAUAAGGAGGGCGAGUUCUCCAUCUGCUUCACAGAGCUCCAACAACACUUCCUGAAGCAUCCUGGACAUAAGAUGUGGAAUCUCAUCCGUCUGGUCAAGUACUGGUAUCAACUGUGUAAGGAGAAGCUGGGGGAUUUGCUGCCCCCACAGUAUGCCCUGGAGCUGCUCACGGUCCAUGCCUGGGAACUGGGGAUUGAAAACACCUGUGAGCUAUACAUAGCUCGGGGCUUCCGAAGUGUCUUGGAACUGAUCAUCAAAUAUCGGUGUCUCCUAAUCUUCUGGACAUUGUGUUAUGACUUUAAUCACAAUGAGGUCUCUGAGUACCUGAACAAACAACUCCAAAAAGACAGGCCUGUGAUCCUGGACCCUGCUGACCCAACAAGGAACGUGGCUGGUUCAAACCUCCAGGCCUGGCACCUGCUGGCAGAAGAGGCUGGGGCCUGGGUGCAGUCGUCUUUCUUUAGGAACAGUGAUAGGUCCUUUGUUCACGGCUGGAAAGUGCCGCCAGAGAAACAAAUAUGUGUCAUCCUGUGAGCCCAGCAGGACCUGCCCAAGAGGCUUUGGAGUCAGGGCCAUGUGCUCUUCUGCUGCAAGACCUUGCCCUGGAGAGGUCCGGAUGGUGCACCAGGCUCCAGUGAGGGGCAUCCAACCUGUGAUCAGACUCCAGGCUUCUGAUCCCGUCCUGCCCAGGGACAGCCUUCCUCACAGCCUGCUUCACCCGCCUUAUCCCCCACAGUGUUCUCUGGGAGUCGGACUCUGAAGGAAAGGGACAAACUUAACCUUGACUUCCACCUUUUCACCUAUUGUGAAGCACGGUCCAACAAUGUCUGAUUAUCUAUGCUAAACCACAGCAAGCCAUUGCGGGGGAGUGUGCACUCUGAGGGAUGGGGUCUUAGAAGUACGUGUAUGACUUUUCAUGCUCUACUAGAAACAUUGAGUACUUGUUGCAAGCU